AAUCGUCGAAUGAACGUUCAUGCAGUAUGUGAAAUGAAUGUACAUUUACCUCUCCUUACUUCUCGUUGGUGUCCCUUAGAUGAAUGAACUCAUUCGGUUUGUUGCGAAAGGCACACUAGGCCAUUGACGUUACAGUUGUAAAAUCAUUACUUCGGAGUCAUAAAAUUGUCCCUGGAUUUAAACGCUACCGGACAUCGCAGUUUGCAGAGACACGAACAAGGCUUAGAUGCAAUAAAGUGCUUUGAAAAGUCAAAUUAAAUGCAGUCUUUGACUUACUUUGAGAAGGAACAAUGCUCAUAAUAUGAUAAGUGAUUACGAAGUAUAUGUCUGUAAAUGUUUUCCAAGUACCAUUACAUUUGAAGCCGAGCAAAACGAAGGGCCAAACUUAACCACAAAAGAAAAGUAAUUUCUUGGAAAAUGACUGCAGAUCAAGGUGGUUAUCACAGGCUAAAUUUGACGCCAAAAAACACAUAUCUCUGCGAUAUCAACAAGGAAGGGGAACAUGUGUUCUGUUAAUCUUAGACUUUUCUGAAAGUAUGCGAGGAGAAGGAAUUAGAAGUUUGAAAAGAGGAGUCUCAGAUAUUUUAAAUGAAUGUUUAAACCAUCCAGAGUUAGAUGAAAACGUAGCUGUCAUUGUUUUUGGAGAAGAAACCAAAUUUCUUCAUCAUUACUCCAACCAAUAUGCUGCAAUAAAACAAAGUGUUGAGGACCUUGAGCCCAGAGGACCCUCUCCACUCACAGCGGCCUUUUUACUGUCUCUUGGCGGUCUGUACGAAGGAUCAGCUCACACGCAGAAAAUAGGAGAAUAUCUUGUACCGCCAAGGGUGGUCGUGUUUACAGACGGUAGAUUCACAAAUUUUGCAGAGGAAGGUGCCAGGGAAGACAAAGCAAAUCGACACCCUAGUGACUCAAUGCUAGCGCAUUUGUUCGGUGCAACACAUCAGAUCGGAAGAGUGCAUCCAAUAUUUUGUUUUCCAGUCGGUGAUAAUCCUAAUUACAGUUUGCUACACACAAUAUCAAUGAGAUCGAAAGGUGGGAGAGUUUUGGAUAUUCACAGAGCGAGAUGGUUUGGAAAAUGUGCAAUGCAUUAUAUAGGAGCAGACAUCGCUUACAAAAUGACGAACAAAACCGUGGUUGAUAGAGAAGUCUUACAAGUUGUAGUUGUUUCAGCAAUGUCAUGGAAUUCAUGUGAAGAGGAGGAUUUAGAUACAAUACGUGAGUUAUUGAACAACAGAGCCAAGAUCAUAGUGGAUCAGGAGAAGGCAGAAGAAGACCCAGAAGAUGAGGUUUACAAAGAGAAAUAUGACAUGAUACCUAAGCUUGGUACAAGGGUACGACGUGGUCCCCACUGGACGUUUGAGAACCAGGAUAGCGAGGGUGUCGGGACAAUUAUAGGACACGGGGAGCCAGCUGGAAAGGUUUAUGUGGAAUGGGAUACUGGAAUUCGUAGUCAAUAUAGUCAUGGACACGGUGGUAUAUACAAUAUUGUUGCUUGUGAUGAACCCAGAAUACCUGAAGACGGAUUUCCAGCAGUUGGUUGUUAUGUUAAGCGAGGUCCAGACUGGAAAUGGGAAGAUCAAGAUGGCGGAAUAGGAUCAAUUGGGUCUGUUUACAGAAUAAAGGAUGAUGCAACUGUUUACGUUCGGUGGCCUUGUGGGAGGAGAAGCAAUUAUAGAUUUGGAUACGACGGGAAAUUUGACAUUGAAGUGUGUGAUCCUUUUUCUGCAGAGGUUAUGAAAGCUGUAAGAGAACAACAGAGAGGGGCGCAGUGUUUCGAUUCUGAUGAAAAGAGAUGUAAUGAUUUAAAGGGGAAAAACAGCGUUGAAGAAACUGGAACAAAAGAUUCGAAGUUAAGAGGAUCUACUAAAGACUCUAAUUUACCGUCAGAUUCCAGAAAAUUGAAGGGAACUAAAGCCAAUUCAACUUCAUACGUGGAUAAGUCAAGUUUACUUAAACAAAACUCGCGUGGUAAAAGAAAAAGCGUGUCAAAUGUGAGAGCCGAGGACCAUUUUUCCGAAACUGAUGAUAAUGACAUUCAGACAGACUCUGUUUCUGAACAUCCACGUGAUGUCUCAUUAAAAGGUAUUUCCGGUAAUGGGACGGAUACCUCGAAGUCCGAUCUUAAAGCUGCACCUGAGCAUUCUGGUUUUUGUUGGGAUGUUGACGAAGCUUUAGAUAAUCCAGACGAAUUUCUUAAUGUACUAUCGCCGAAAGGAAAAUGUAUUCCCUUGAAAAGAAAGUCCACAGUUUUUGACAACAAUGUGACUUCUUGUCCUCAACAUGACGCCGUGCACUUGUUACAAGGUGAUUUUCCAAAGACCGCACAAGAAAGGUCGACAGAUGAUACAGUAUCUCGUUCUGUACAUUCACGACAUUGUUCAGAUGAUCUCAAUCACAGCUGGCAGUGGUUAGAUGGCAAUGGUACAUGGAUCGAUUAUCCAGAGAGCGUUAACAGCCAAAUUAACCGGAGGCUUCUGCAACGCCCUACAGCUUCAGUUGUGGUUGAAUACAACGAACAAAUUUUCAGGAUAGUAGCAUCAAAGAUGAUACAGAUCAACACAGAAUCCAAGGAGAGACACGAAAUCAGAAGGAAAAUUCAGAUGAUUUAAAAGAGUGUUGAGAGAAGGACACAGGAGAGGUGGACAUUAUUCAAAGCCACGAAAUAUAUAAUGGAGUGUGAAAGGAAGCCAUCGAUCAAAAUCAUUUUCAUUUUAUGAACAAUGUUGAUAUGAUGAGAGAGAAAAAAUAUAUACAUACAACAAAAUAAAACAAUUGAACUGUUGUGAGUGAAAUACAAAAGUUUGUGAUAUUGCGACUUUUAUGAGAAGUAAAAACUACAUUAUGACAUUUUACAAAGUGCCUGUUUCUGCAGUUUUGAAGAAAUCAUUGAAAAAUUACGUUUACUUCUAAAAAUAUUUUUGAAUAUAAUUUUUAACUUUUUUAAUUUUACAAUAUGUAAGCUUCUUUUACAUUUUCUGAAAACAAACAAGUUUUACCAUGAUGUGCUUGACAUUCUGAAAAGUAUGAUCCAAUAAUCAAAAUGGAUUCCGAAAAUAUAAUUAUGUUACAUUUUGGGAUAAAAAACAAGAUGUAAUUAUAAUCGGGGCGAUUAUAAAGUCUCCCAAACGAACAAGGUCGUCAUUGGGAGUUGGGUCAAACUUUACAAACAAAAAGAUUUAGAAGUUGAUUAUUUUUAUUUCUGAAGUUUCAAGAUGUCCCCAGGACCCAAGGAACAAGAAAAUAUAUAUAUAUAUAUAUAUAUAUAUA